AUGACCCUCACAAACCCCACAAACACCGACCGUCCAACCCCCAACAUCGCGCCCGGCGACGCUGGCCUGCACCUCGGCAGCUCCACCUUCAUCGCGGCCCCCUCCACUCGCGUCUGGGAAGUCCUCACAGACAUCUCGACAUGGCCAAACUGGAACUCCUUCGUGCCGCGCGUGACGAUCCGCUCACAGCCGGACGCUCCUGAUUCCACGACCCUCUCCCCGAUCCUGCAGAAAGGCACCCGACUCACCUUCCACGUCCGCAUGGAUCCGACCUCCACCAAGCCGCAGGCUGCCACGGACGCCGGCCUUGUCGUGACUGAGUACGUGCCGCCGAAUCCAGAGACGAAGACUCCUGGUCGGAUAGUUUGGGGUUCGGACUUUGAUGCGCCUGGCACGAUGGGUCCGUCUCUGUUGACUGCUGAGCGGGAGCAUGAGAUUACGGAUGUUGAGCAGGGUGAAGGUGAGGAUGUGGUUAAGGGUUGCGAGGUGCGGAAUUGGGAGCUGCAGGUUGGGUGGAUGGUCUAUUUGGUGAAGUGGAUGUAUGGCUCGAAGUUGAAGAUGAAUUUCGAAUUGUGGGUGGAGGAUUUGAAGAAAUUUGUUGAAGGCUCUACUGCAGAGAAUUAA